AUGAUCCUUCAUAGUUUGCUUCCACAUGUGAAGGCCAUGGAUACAAAUGAUGAUGAAGAGAUUGUUAUGACCCACGAGGAACAUUCGAAUGUCAGAAUCUCAAGCAAUCUGGACUUGAAUGUGGAACAAGACUGUCGAAGCCCAAAACCGUCCAAUGCUAACGGGCUUCCUUCCAAUGGUUCAUCGAAAUAUGAACAACUCAGGCUCAGCAUGGAAUUUGAAUCGGACGAGCAGGCGUACAGAUUUUACAACAAGUACGCUGAGCUGGCGGGGUUCAGCGUGCGGAAGGACUGGGUCAACCGGAGUAAGGUCCACGGCCGCGUGAUGUCCAGAAAGUUCACUUGUUCUCGACAGGGCCACCGGAAAAAGGACAAGAGAGAUGCUAAUGUCAAGAAGCACCGCAAGGAAACACGAACGGGCUGCCUGGCCCACAUGGUGGUCAUGCGUCAGCCAAAUGGGAAGUAUCUUGUUACCCAAUUCGAGGCCAAGCACAAUCAUGGCGAUGUGGACCUAGAAAAGGCCGAGAAGCUACUCGAAUCUCUGUUGUCUGAAAACACCGACUCUAACCAAGGUUCUGGAAGUGAGUCAACGAAGAACUCAGAGAUUCAGUCGACAUUAUCUCUACAGUUGUUAGGAAUAAGGUUUUGUCCUCCAGAUAAUUUUGACGACCUUCAGAUGGAUGAAGAAAUUUUCUUGGGCUGCGGACGUACAAGGGAUAUGAAAGAAGGCGAUGCUGCACGUCUCAUGUGCUACUUUCAGAGGCAACACUUCAUGAAUCCUUCAUUUUUUUAUUCUGUGCAGCUCGAUAUAGACGAUAAGGUGAGCAACAUAUUCUGGGCAGACGAUAACACGAUUGUUGAUUAUGGCCACUUUGGUGACGUUGUUUGUCUAGACACGUCAUGCAUGAGAAAGACGAAUUUCCGUCCAUACCUUCAGUUGGUCGGGCUGAACAAUCACAGGCAGGUCGUGAUUUUUGGUGCCGCCUUCUUAUACAAUGACAGUGUUGACUCCUUCAAGUGGCUCCUCCGGACUUUUAUUGAGGGGAUGUCUGGUAAGAAGCCUAAGUUUAUCUUGUCUGAUCAGGAUGCAACGGUUGUCCAAGCAAUUCAUGCCGUGUUGCCUGAGGUGAAUCACUGUAUGUGUGCCUGGCAGGUGUAUCUAAUCGCGCUUAAACAUCUUCACCAUGUGGUGAAGGAGUAUGAUUCAUUUGCUGCAGAUUUUCGUAAUUGUGUUUUCAGCCUCGAGCAGGAAGAAGAUUUUACCAGGGCGUGGGACUUGAUGUUGGAAAAACAUGGCCUACGUAAUAAUGCGUGGCUGAAAUGGAUGUUUAGAGAAAAAGAAAAAUGGGCUGUAGCAUAUGGUAGAAAUACUUUCUUCAUCGAAAGGGAUAACACGCAUCUGGUCGAGCUUUUGUCUGAUAAACUCAGAAGCUACUUAGGCCCUGAUAUUGAUGUGCUUCAUUUUUUCAAACAUUUCAAGAGCGUGGUGAAUGAACAGAGGUACAAAGAGCUAGAGUUGGCUCUCGACACAGGAAAGCAUACUCCAAUUUUGAUGACCAAUGCAAUUUUUCUAAAGCCUCCAAGCGAGAUUUACACGCCAAAUGCGUUCGGAGUGUUUCAAAGAGAAUAUGAGAAGUGCUUGAACGUCGUAAUUAACCAGUGUGGUGAGCGGGACUCGAGAAUUGAUUAUAAAGCCAAAACAUAUGGGAAGACUAGGGACUUCUCGGUUGUGUUUAAUUCCCAUGAUGGCACGGUUUCUUGCAACUGCAUGAAAUUUGAGCAUGUGGGCUUUCUGUGCUGCCAUGCCCUAAAAGUGCUCGAUCAUCAAAACAUAAAGGUUGUUCCUUCGUAUUACAUAUUGAAGAGAUGGACGAAAGAAGCCCGGGUUUCAGCUGCUGUAGAAAAUAGUGAUUACACACAGGAGGAUGACAAUAAAAACAUAAUCGCGUCUCGUUAUAGAGAUUUAUGCCGGAAUAUAAUAAAAUUAUCUGCAAGGGCUGCUGGAUCUGACCCGGCAUUUGAAUAUGCUUCCAGACAACUUAAUGAGGUGAUGCAAGGGAUUGAAAGAAUCUUGAAUUUUAAAUCUUUUGACAGCGAUAAGGGCACUUGUUCUGCCAGUGGUGAACUAGCUGAUGUUGAUAACAUCAGAACUGAAUAUGACUGUGAGGUCGAUGCUGAUGUCUUGAAAGGAAGUGCUGUGACAGAAGGCAUGGUGCCCAAUAAAGAUCAACUGAAUCAAUCUGAUGAACAAUUUCCCCAUUCAAGUGGUGGACUGAGUGUUCGCCAGUCCCCAGUUGAGACGGUUCCGCCUGUUGCAUGUCCCCCUACCACGUACAUCUCAUCUCCGAGUCCAACUCCAUCAUUAAGUCCAUUAGCACAGGGCUUAUACACCAUUGAAGCCAACCACAUUGUCCAGGGCAUGUACCAAGCAUCUAGUUUAACCAUUAACCAGCAGCCUAAUCCUAACAUGUACGAGCAUCCGAACUUUUACACCAACCAAAAUCACUCUCCUGGCCAUGCUCAAUUCUUACAGGACUCCCUAAUCCGUAACCAGUUCCAGGAUCCCAUGCCAAACAGUACUCAGUUGAAGCCGGUAAUGGGCGGCAGCCGACACCCCGCAUCAUUCUUGAAUUACAAUCACAGAUACAGAGCUGCUGGUGUUUAG